AUGCUUUCUUUGAUGGACAGAAUAUUCCCCCCUACUCUAAGUUUCCACCUGAGACAUCUUUACUUUAAAUUCAAUAUUCUUACCAAUGCAUAGAAUGAUGAUCUCUAAAUGAUUUUUGAUGGCAUAUCUGACUACUACAUAAAAGAAUAGAUUGAAUUCCUCCAAGCUAAUUUCAAUCAUUUGAGAAAUAAACCAGAUCAGCAAGUUAAAAAGAAUUCUUAACAAUAGUAGAUGAGAGAUUAGACUGGAUUCACUGUAGCCAAGGCUCUAAAUUGA